AUGAGUGAAGCGCUCACCGUCCAAGACCUUGAGUCUGAUCACGAGAAGAAAGCUCAGCAGUUAAGCUAUGAAGAGUCCAGCACACAAGAUUCAGACACCGGCAAAGAGACUGAAUAUCCCCCAACAAGCCAAGUGAUCGUAAUUAUUUUGGCGAUCUACCUGGCAGCCUUUUUGGUAGCACUUGAUCAAACCAUCAUCGGAGUAGCCAUUCCAAAGAUCACAGAUCAGUUCAAGAGCAUCCCCGAUAUUGCCUGGUAUGGAAGUGCCUACUUCUUGACGUCUACAGCGCUACAGCCGUCAUACGGCCGGAUCUAUAAGAUCCUGAGUGUGAAAUGGUCCUUCUUGGCUGCGGUUAGCAUCUUCGAGAUUGGAUCGCUGAUUUGUGGUGUAGCGCCCUCCAGCACAGUCCUGAUCGUCGGUCGUGCAAUUGCAGGAAUUGGCGUUGCAGGCAUCUUCUCCGGUGCUCUGGUGAUCAUCUCCAUGACAGUUCCCUUGACAAAGAGGCCGAUCGUUUUUGGUGUAUACGGCAUGGUCUGGGGAAUCGCUUCUAUUGUAGGGCCACUACUUGGAGGAGCAUUCACUGAUGGUCCUUCUUGGAGAUGGUGUUUCUAUAUCAAUCUCCCUGUUGGUGGGGUUUCCAUCGCGGUCGUUGUCCUGGUUCUCCGCUUACCAAGUAACACCAAGGUAUCGGGGCUCCCUAUCUCGCAGCUUAUCAAGGAGCUUGACUUGAUAGGCGCAAGUCUGCUCAUACCUGCUAUCAUAUGCUUGAUUCUCGCCCUGCAGUGGGGUGGAAAUACCUAUACCUGGAAAAGCUCUCAAAUCAUCGGACUAUUUGUGGGGUUUAGUCUGUUGACUAUCCUUUUUGCCGCAUCUCAAAUCUACGUGAGCAAACAAGACGAGAAAAACGCGACAGGCCAAAAUGCUGGAAGGGCAACCUUACCACCCUCAAUCCUCAAGCAGCGCACCAUUUGGUCUGCCGGAUUGUUUGCAUUUUUCUUCAGCGGCGGCUUCUUCCUCCUGGUCUACUAUGUUCCUAUCUACUUUCAGAGCGUCAAAGGAUCCUCCGCAAUGACUGCAGGACUUCAGGUGCUACCAUUCAUGCUUGCCACUGUGGUUUCAUCUAUUAUGGUAGGCGCUCUGGUCACUACAGUCGGUUAUUACACGCCAUUCCUGAUUUCAAGUACCGCCAUUGCUGCUAUUGGUACAGGCCUCAUUACCCUAUACGACGUUGAUAUUUCGACAGGGAAAUGGAUUGGUUACCAGAUUGUUGUCGGUGCGGGAAUCGGUGCUGGUCUUCAAAUCCCAAUGACAGCCGUCCAGACGGUAUUGCAGCCAGAGGACAUCCCCGUGGGAACAGCCGCCAUCACGUUCUUCCAGACACUGGGUGGAGCCAUCUUCAUUGCGGUCGGUCAGUCAGUGUUCCAGAAUGGUCUGAUAGAAGGCAUUCGCACAUAUGCCCCUGGUGUUGACCCAGGUGCGAUCAUAAGCGCAGGGGCUACUGAGAUGAGGCAUGUGUUGAUUACUUUGGACCAGCUUGAUCAGCUUGAUAAUGUGAUCCGAGCUUAUAUGAACGGACUGCGGGAUACCUAUCGUGUUAGUCUGGCUUUGAUGGUCGCAGCAUUUGUGGCAGCUUGUUUUGUUGAGUGGAAGAGUGUAAAGAAGAGGGAAGAAAGUAUGGACGCUGAUACAACACUCCAUUCUUGA